AUGCAGGGAAGCUGCAGAGAAGCAGAGACCCGCAGCCACAACAGAGACGUGGAGCCACGGUGCUAUGAGACCUACGGCACCUCAGCGUCGGACAGCAACGCGGGACGCGGCAUGACGGAGAAGCCCGCGGGACCCGCACCACGACUCUCUAGGUAUCUGAACAGGAAAUUCUUCUCUGAUGAAAUAAAAUUUGUCAUUCUUUCUGACAGCAUGCUGGAUGUACUGUUCAAAGAACAUGCUGAAUUUAUCAUGUCUGCAGAUGGAAGGAAUAUUAAAACAGAAAAAUCAAAUAUCACAACAACGACAGAGUUUAUUCUCCUGGGGUUUUCUGAUGUUCCCCAUCUGAAGUGGAUUCUCUUUGGGAUAUUUUUCCUUGUGUACUUGUGUAUUGUGAUGUGCAACAGCAUUGUAAUUCUAGUAACAAGAAUUGACCCUGCUCUUCAGACUGCGAUGUAUUUUUUCCUCAACAAGUUUUCUUUUGUGGAAAUCUGUUACGUGACAGUCACUAUCCCAAGAAUGCUCGUGGACAUUUGUGCUCAAAAAGGAAACAUCUCUUUGCUAAAUUGUGCAAUACAAAUGUGGUUUUUUCUUCUAUUUGCAGCUAGUGAGUGCUUCCUCCUAACAGUGAUGGCCUAUGACCGCUAUGUGGCCAUUUGUAAGCCUUUGCUCUAUGCUCUGAUGAUGAACCACAGGGUGUGUGUACAGCUGCUGGCUGCCUGCUGGGCCAGUGUCAUUCCAGUUGUGACUGGACAGACGUACCUGAUUUUCUCAUUGCCCUUUUGUGGAUCUAACAGAAUUAAUCAUUUCUUCUGUGAUAUUCCACCUAUACUCAGUCUUGCUUGUGGAGACACAUUUGUGAACAAUUUAGCAAUCUUUACUGUUUCUGCAGUUACUAUCACGAUUCCGUUUCUGUUGAUAAUUGUCUCCUAUGGAAAAAUUAUCUGCAGCAUUCUGAAACUGUCAUCAACUGGUGGGAGGUCGAAAGCCUUCUCCACCUGCUCCUCUCAUCUGAUGGUUGUGGUCUUGUUCUAUGGAACAGCUGCUAUUACUUACAUACAACCCAAAGCAAACGCAUCUGAAGGAAUUGGAAAAUUAGUGUCUCUUUUCUACUCGGUUUUAAUUCCGCUGUUGAAUCCAAUUAUAUACACUUUGAGGAACAAGGAGAUCUCUGCAGCACUGAGAAAACUGCCAGCUAAGUUGCUAACAUAA